AUGGACAAGGUCCUCGUUUCGGGAUUGAAGGAGCUGCGGAGUCGGAUGAUGACAUACAUCAAGGAACACGUCGCACGCAGACGGUCAGGCCAUGCCGGAGCUGGUGCCGAUGCUUGUGACGACAACGCCGCGGAGCCCCCUUCGGCAUCCCAAGCAGUAGGUGUCGCCGACACCAGCGGAGAGGCCGGAGAUGGCGUCGACAAGGCAGAUGAGGAGGCAGAAAGGGCUGUGGCGAGGACCGCGGAUCAGGAAAAGGAGGAGGAGGAGGAUGACACCGACGAUCAGGAUGAUAACGAGGAGGAUCGUGAGAAGCGUGAGCAGGGGCAUGGGCAGGAGGAGGAGGAGGAGGAGGAGGAGGAGGAGGAGGAGGAGGAGGAGGAGGAGGAGGAGGAGGAGGAGGAGGAAGAGGAGGAGGAUGAGGAGGAGGAGGAGGACAAGGAGGCGGCGGCGGCGGAGGCCGUGGAGCAGGGUUUCGGGUCGGUGGGAGCGGCGGCGGUGGCCGUGGAGGGAGCGGCGGCGGCCGUGGAGGGAACGGGUGGGAUGUCGGCGGAUGUUGUGUACGCGCGAGGGGAGGGUGCCGAUGUGGAGAAUGUCGGCGUGGAGGAGGCGCACGUGGUCGGCAAUGUGGUUGGCGACGCGAAGGAGGAGGAUAACGUCGCGGCUUCGACGCCGACGGGCGUGGAGACCACCACAGGGAACGCAGGGGUGGAACGCCGGGGUGGAGCGGUAGAGGCGGGCCGUCAACCGGGUUCCUCAGCAGCUGGUCGGCAGGCAACGCCGGCCGUCGUCGCGGAGCUGCGACAGGAGAACAUGUGGCUGAGGGCAGAAAAUGCUCGUCUCGAGACGGCGCUCGGAGUGGAGAGGGGUCGGGUGGACAGGUUCGCGAUGGGGAUUGGCCACCUCGUGGACAAGCUCAGGUCGUUGGCCGACCAGGUCGUCGCCUCCGACCAGGACGCGUCGAGUCGGCUGAUGGACGCGUCCUUGACCAUGGCGACGACCGUGACGGAGAACAUCACCGCCAACAUGGGUGAAGCAUGGGAUGCGAUGAAGGCGUACGCCGAGAGGGCGGAGAGCUGGUUGGACGAUCUAGAGAAUCCGGAGGGGUUUAUGGCGGUGCAACGUGCGAACGCGGUCGUCGCCAUGGGCAACCACGUGGACGAAGCGAGGAAGGGAUUGGAGGAAUACAUAUCGAAGCACCUAGUCGCCGCGCAGACCAACAUCGCCACCGCGGUAACUCAACGCGUCGCCGUCCCGCCGCCCACGCAGCCCGCCCCACCGCCAGCCUUCCCGGACGAGCUCAUGAAGUCUUUCAAGGCGGACGUGUUGAAGGCGGUGACUGAGGCCACCCAGCAGUCGUUUGUUGCGUCCGGGUUAAACCUCAUGACCCAGGUGAUCGGCCAUCUGGCGCCUGGUCGGCAUGGGUCGUCGCCGUCGGACAACGAGGCCGACAAGAAGGGUGCGAAAAGGGCGGGCAGCGGAGAUGAUGCGUUGAGCUCGAAGCGGAGCAAGGGAGCCGAUGGGAGCCGCGGCGUCGGCCAGGUGGGUCCAGGCGGCUCGCGGAGCAAGGGAGCCGAUGGGAGCGGAGGUACGAGCGUGGUCGACCAGCUCAAGAAGAACGGGGCCAAGGUGAUAAGGACGCACAGCAAGGGCGAUGGAAUCAGGAGUGCGGAGGGGGGCCCUGCCGACCAGGUUGGCGCUCAAGAGGCUGGACCAACAGCCCCGCCAUUGGUCGCCGAGAAGCCGGCCAGUCUAGCGACCGCACCAACGGCGAUAGAUGGCGGCGCCAAAACCGUCAAGGGACCGUCCGGCGGAGUGGCGGUGACCACGUCGAUCCCCCGCAAACCCCCUGCGGCUAGCAGCGCGCCGGUCGCCCCGUCAGCCGCCAACAACGAUGGGUCGUCCCUUGCGGCUACUCCAGCACCAGCAGGCACGUCUGCCGCCAAGGUUGACGCGGUGGAUGCUGCGGCUAACCGCGCUGGUCCGUCCGCCCCAAAGGCGAACGCGCUCAGGGAGAUGCUCAGCCGCAUGGAGACCCAUCGACAGGACGUGCAGCAGCCUCCCGUGGUCGGUACCGCGCCGGCCACAACAGCACGUCGCUCGGUCACUCCCCAGGUCGCCGCCACAACGUCCAGUGCCCCACCUACCGCGCCUAUCAUCGCCGCCCGUCCUCCUGUGGACCCAAAGUCCGCGUUGCUUCGCGCCCGGUUAGGCGCACGUACUGCGGCUGCGCCAGCACGGGCUCAGCCGGUAUCCAGCUCAUGCGCAACGCCGACGUCGGUGACCGUAGCUGCACACACACUCGGUGCGGCUACUGUCGAGGCGGUGGCGGAGAAGGGCGUGAGUGCAGCGCUAGCCACGGGCGGCAGAUCAGUUGACCCUGCACAGGCGGCGAAGGACCACAACGACGCCGAUAUCGCUGCCAUCCAGGACCUGUUGGAAGCGCCAAAGACGACCACUGCUGCGGUCGGCGCGGGAAAGUCGAAACGGAAGGGGACGGUCGACGCAGGGAAAGCGAGGCCGAGCUCGAAGAAGAAAACACGGGCGACGUCGGCGAUGGUGAACUCGGUGGAGAAAGGACAGGGGAUGGCGACGGCGAUGGUGGAGAAGGAGAAGGAGGAGGAGAUGAAGAAGAAGGAGGAGGAGGAGAAGGAGAAGGAGAAGGAGAAGGAGAAGGAGGAGAAGGAGGAGGAGGAGGAGAAGGUGGAGGAGGCGGAGGUGGGGGAGGAGGAGAAGGAGAAGGAGAAGGAGGAGGAGGAGAAGGAGGAGAAGGAAGAGGAGGAGAAGAAGCUGGAGGAGGAGGAGGCGGCGACGGAGGAGGAGAAGGUGAAGGUGAAAGAACGGAAGGGUCAUGGCAUCCGCCACGACACCACGGGCGACAAGCAAGGGUGGGUGGGCGAGAUUAAGGUGGUCGGGAACGAGAGCAGAUACAUCGGCAAGUCCCGCGACAAGAUGGAGCUGGCGUACCUUCACUCGAUUGUGUACCUCCUGUACGACGGUUACGUCAGCAAGAUCCUCAUGGCCGAGCUCACCGGCUUGGAGGAAACAGUGAUGAAGCAGUGGAGGGCGGUGUGGAAGGAAGUCCGGUUCUUGCCGACUGGGAUGUGGACGGUGAUAUGGGCACGGGGCGCGUUCCUCCCAAAGACACGGUUCGAUGAUAUCCUCGGGAAGUAUCGAGCGUACAAGACAUCAGGCGAUGCGCACCACGAUGCGCUUUUGCCCGCGAUCUGGUUCCCCGUCGAUGCCGACACGAAGUCGGAUGCAAUGAUGUCGGCCAUGAUUGAUCGCGUGUCCAUGUGCGCGGCGUAUGGGAUGGUCGCUGCAUCCGCGGCGAGAAUGGAGGGCGACACGGAUCAGAAGACGGCGAAGGUCGCACAGGCGCUGUCGGCCUCCGCUUGCGCCCUGUGGUGCUUAGUCGAUGGCGACGGCGCCCAGGUGGCUGAUGCCGUCCGCGAAGGGAAGGCGGCGGCGAUGUUGGUCGGCGCCAGCGAGACUACCGCCGCCGAGUUCAAGAAGGUCAUGACGGCGGUGCUGGAGGCCGCGAUCAGCAGGCAGCAACCCCUUGGGGAGGUUGCGCACAACGUUGCACCGGCGCUGGAGUCCACCGCUCUGGCCAAAGCCUAUCCGGGGUUGGAUGUUGAAGCCGAGGCCAAACUGAUCGCACGAGCGACGGUGGAAACCCUCGCGUUCUGGGGAAUGUGCCCCGUGGAUGGGCCGAAACUCAGGAAGAUCGGCAUCGCGGUGCCGCUUGACGCGCAGAUGGAGUACGACAUCGAACACAGGGGGAGGAAGAGGCCGAGGGGCAAGCAGGGCAAGGACAGCUCGGGGAAGAAGGGGAAGAAGGGCGGAGCGGGCAAGGACAGCACGGCGGCGUAG